AUGAAUAACAAGCAAGCUUUUUCUGAUGAAGAUCAUCACUCCUCUGACAGAUAUACUGAGGAUUUUGAAAGUGAUGAUGGAAAGAGAACCUCAACACCCAAAAAGCGCUCCAGCCCGAUGAAAGUUUCCAACCACCAGUACUAUCAGGAUAAGUUCCGAGGACGAGGAAGACAUUCUGGAACUCUGAAGACUCAUAGCCAAACUAGAAGGCCGAAACGAGGCAGAGGCAACAAUAACAGCCGAUCAAGUGAGCCUGCAGACAUGCGGAAAAGUCAUGACAAUGUUACUUCACGAGUUCUAUCUGCCAGUCGAAAUCGGAUAAAUGAGCUCAGGAAUAAGGUAGAAGAGUUAAACAUCCAGAUCCACAACCUGCAGCAGGAGAACAGGCUGUUCAAGAAGAUGCAGUUCCGGCAGGAGAAGGCCCUACGUGUGUUUGAGGACAAAGAGAGUGAUCUUCCUAGCAUCUUAGACAGACACAGCAAUGAAGUCAGAGCAUUACGAGAACAAAACAGACGACUGAAAGAAAAAUAUGAAAAGUCUGACCGGUAUCUCCGAGAUGCAGAAGAUGAGCUGGAGAAAAUGAAAGUGAAACUAAAGAAGUAUAAAGAUAUGUGUGAGCAGCAGGAGUUGAAGGAGAGAGAGGAACUCAGCCGUAAGCUGGCACAAGCAGAACUAGAUCUGGAGGAGAAAGAUGUCAAACUCAAGGAGCUGCAGAGGUACAUUGACAUGUUGAAGAAGAACCAUCGACAUGAACUUGGAAUUGAGGUGGCCAGACAGAAGGAGAUGAAGAAACAAUUGGAAGAACUGACAGAGAAAAACUCACUUCUAGAGAGUCAGCUUAAGGAGAAAGAAAAAGCACUGGAUUAUUUGAAUAUUUACAGUAACCCCCACCAAGGAAGACCAUCCCGAGACAGCUCACCAGAUGGCAGCACUUUGGGUCUCAAGUUCAAGAAGAAGACAUCGGCUGUGCCAGAGCUGACUCCCAGGGAGAAGGCCAAGUUUUACUCAGAGAAACGACGAUCGGAGCUUCUCAGACAGAAGGAGCUGAAAGAAGACAAGGAGAGAAAGAAGAAGGAACAGUGGGAGAUGGAGGAAAAAGAAAAGGAGAAAAACACAUCAAGUAGUUCUCAGCAAUUUGUUUUUGGUAACAAAGAUCAAAUAUUUGAUGAGAAUGAAGAAAUCAGGUUAGAAGAAGAGAAAAGACAAAGACAAGAUAGAGAAAAUAGAGAAAGACGGGAUGAAGAAUUGAUCAAGAAACAAAGAGAGUUUGAGAAGAGAUCAGAACAAGACAAGCUUGUCAAAAUGAUCAAUGGAACUAGAGACAAGAAGGAGAGAGAGGAGAGAGAGAAAAGAGAGCUACAUGAAAGGGAAAAUACGAGACAAGAAGAAAAAGAGCGGAAAGAACAGAAAGAAAGAGAAGAAAAGGCAAGAUUAGAGGUUGAAAGAAGAGAACAACAAGAGAGAGAGAGGCAGCAGGAGGAAGAAAGGAAAGUGGAAAGAAAAAGGCAAGUGAUGCUGGAAGAAGAAAGAAGGCAGAAGGAGAAAGUGGAGCAUGAGAGAAGGGUACAGAUGGAGAAAGAGAUGUUGGAAAGUGAUCCAGUUUGGCAGGCAGAGAGAAAGAAGAAAGAUGAGUUGUUGAAGAAGUUACAAUCAACAAAUGAUUAUGGAAGUGCAGACGUGGACCCAUUCUCUCCAGUCUCACCGAAGAAGAGCAAAGACCAUCACCUUCACUCUGGUGGGGUCAAGGACACAUCAAACUCUCAAGGUCGAAAAGGUGAUUCAAAAGAGUACUCCUUCACACAGCCAAUCAACAACUUGCACAGAGGCAAACCAGCACAUGAAGACAUCACGGUGCCAUAUUUAGAGCGGCAGAAACAAAGACGCCGAACAUCCAAUGACUCUGGGGGUUAUGAACCCUCAUUUGGCCCUGCUAGAGGCGAAGCCGGCAAGGCUGACAAGAGUAAGCCUGUGCCGAUGUUUGAAGACGAUGAUGAACCCAUGUUUAAGUUACCAGCUAAUACAACCUCCAUUUCAUCAACGAAACACCAGGACAAGAAACCCACAAAUCUUCUUGAGACCUUGUUUGGACCUCAAGCUAACAACCCAGACAAGACAUCCACUAGCAACAAAGAAAAAGAUCAAGUACUUUCCAGAAAUGCCUCCCAUUCUUCCACAAACAAAAUCAAAGCAGCAGACACAACAAACUCUCCCUACCAUCACUCCAGUCCACAGUCAAAUAAACUUAAAUCCGAUAUUGAUAAAAAAUCCACCAUUUUUGGUGGAGGUGCCCUGAUUGAGGACGAAUUUUUAAGCAACAACAAUAAAGUGUUGCCACGACGACAUCGAGAAUCAAACCUGAACACAUUUUCUGCCAAACCAUCCGUUACUGCAAUUGAUACAUGUGAAGAUGAAAUUGAAGAGUUUGUAUUGUGA